AAAACACUCUAAUGAAAAAUGAAAUAGAAUAGAAACUCAUCUUCCAGAAAUUUAUAUUUUCAAUUUAUUACUAUAUACUAAAGCGCUCGUGCAGCUGUACAGGUUUGAAAAAAUCAAUUUAUUGAUGUCUCCUAUCGUACACCCUCAACAUUGAUAAUAUAUGAACAAACAAAGGACCAAGAGGGGUCGAACCCUUUGAAAAAGAAUAUUAAUGUCAUCUACUCUUUCGAAUCGAAAUUCAAACGCAGGCGCAACGCGAUUUUUCAUUUCAAUUGUCAUCGAACCAGUAACAUUUAGUAUCCAGCAAGCUCUUGAAUGUCAACGAUGAAAAAUCAGCAAGUCGUCAUCACUCAGGAUGACUAUAAGAGGAAGACGAAUUUGAGCAUACAGUGGAAUCGUUGGUUGCUGACACCGAUCGGUGCCUGGCCAAAUUUACGCAAUUCGAGAAUAGGAAAAUGUUAUUCUUUGCUAAUCAGUAUCAUUUGUUACAGUUUGAUCGGUUUCAUGCUUGUGUCUUGUAGCAUAUUCCUAAUAGUGGAAAUCAACGACAUAUAUAACAAACUCAAAAUGGUGGGUCCAUUGAGUUUCUUCGUGAUGACGUUCAUGAAAUAUUAUUUUCUAUUGCUCCAUGAAAAUGAUAUACGUGAAGGUAUCGAACGUAUCGAGUGGGACUGGAAGAACGUUAAACACCAAGAAGAUAGAAACAUUAUGAUUACGUAUGCGAAUUAUGGAAGAAAAUUGGCGUUCAUUUGCUUCUUUUUCAUGUUAUGUGCUUUCAUAUUUUAUUUUCUUAUUCAACCGUUCGGCGGGGGAAAAAUAGUGGAGGGAAAUUUGACGUUUAUACAAUUGCCAUUCCCUGCAUCGAUUUUAAUCGCCGACGUGCGUGACAGUCCUUGCAACGAAAUCAUGUUGUCCAUUCAAAUUCUCACAGGUAUCGUGAUGAACGCUAUAAGAUCGGCGGCUUGCAGUGUAGCCGCUGUGUUUGCAGUACAUGCAUGUGGACAGAUGCAAGUGUUGAUGAAUUGGUUGAAUCACUUAGUGGAGGGUCGGUCGGAUAUGAGCAAGAAAAUAGAUGACAGAAUUGCAAAUAUUGUGAUUCAACACAACCGGAUAUUGAAAUUUUUGGCACUUACAGAAAGAGCGCUUCAACAAAUAUCUUUUGUAGAAUUUUUAGGCUGUACAAUGAAUAUGUGUCUUCUCGGAUAUUAUCUAAUCGUGGAAUGGAAUCCGAAUGAAUUGAUAAUUUCAUUUACUUACAUAGCAAUAAUUGCAUCGAUUACUUUCAAUAUUUUCAUAUUUUGUUAUAUAGGUGAAUUGGUUGCCGAACAGUCCGAAAAGAUUGCAGAAGUGGCAUAUAUGAUGGAAUGGUACCGAAUAAGAGGCAAGAAAAAGCUUUGCUGCGUUUUAAUCAUUGCAAUGUCCAAUUCAUCGAUAAAAUUUACAGCCGGAAAUAUGAUUGAGUUAUCUAUUUAUACUUUCAGUGAUGUCGUUAAAACCUCAGUGGCUUUUUUAAAUAUGUUACGAGCAUUGACUUAAAUAUUUUUUUUAUAACAAACAUUUAUGUUUGAUAGUAUGUAGAUACUAGUUGUAAAAAAUUCACAUAUCUGUAUUUAUUGUAUUAAAGAUUCAAUGAAAUUGAUAUUUUAAAUAUAA